GACCUUACAUCACCGUCGAGUCGUUGUAUGUGAGACCUCACUCGCUCUUGUUCUUUCGUUGGCUCAACACCUCGGCAUGGAAUCUCUCAGCAGCUCUGCAUCCGGCAUUUUGACUCCAGCAGCCACAUUGUCGAUGGAGGUGAGUUAUCCUUACCAUUCGCAUCUCAUCGGCAGAUCUGGGCAAAAUGUGAACCGCGUGAUGGACGAGUCAGGGACUCGUAUUCAUUUCCCUGAUCGUAAUCGCAUUGUCGGAGAGUACAAGUGCAACAACGUCAUCAUUCGAGGACCCAUGGCCAACAUCGAACAAGCUCGGACUCGCAUUCGGAUGGAUAUUCCCGUCGAAAUUAUUAUCGAUUGCAGCAAUGAACGGAUUGCAUCCAUCGGCCGAACGUCCCUAGAAAGUUUCUUCUCCACCACUUAUGGCGUCCUGUUGCGUUUCUACCCGAAAAUCGACGGUCUCAACUGUCAGGUGAACAUCCGUGGCCAACACCAUCGCAUUCAACGUCUCAAGGAAGCAGUGACAUUUUUCGGUCGAAUGACACAGACCCAAUUGGAAUCGAUGGGGAUGAAAAUCGAAACGUCGUUUGACCACGUGUGGCUUAUUCACGACCACAUUGACAAAAUCGCUGCCGAAACCGGAACCGGAAUUCGAAUCCCGGAUAUUUCCAACUUGAAGGAGCUGCCGAAAAAGUAUUGCAUCUGGAUCCGUGGCCCUAGUGUCGAUUCCGUUUACGCCGCCAGUACUUUUCUCACUGGACUUUUGCCGAUGCAAUUGAUGGUCCAAUUAUCGUCGGAUCGUAUCAAUCCUUGCCUCCUGACUGAAGCUCAAGAAAUGGAUGUUUUGUUUCACGUCGAACGUUCCGCCGUGGGUUCCCUACUGACGGUCCGACUCACUUCGUACGAAUUGAAUGCACGUAAUUUGUACGAGAUGUUGAGACGCUGCCUAGAUCUGCCCGUCAGCCACGCCGUCGUGCCAAAUUUGCCUCCCAUUUGGUUUCAUCGUGCAGAUUUAGUUCACAAUACCUUCCUUCCGACUACAAAGAAACUGUUACAAGAGUUGUCAUUUGUACAAGUCCAGCGUAGCACCAGUCCUCCUCUGCAGCUGAACGGAAUCGUAGUGGGAAAUCCGCAAUCGCCAAUCAGCACCGCAGAUUGCAGCCUCUCUUCCGCAAGCGUCUCUUCACCCUGUGCUUCGAACGAGUCGUGCAUUCCCGCAUCGCUAACAGCCGCAAGAUUCGACCCGAACUCGUCGCGUCACCUCUCCGACUUUUUGGGGACUGUCGGUUUAUCUCACUACUCGGAUCUCUUUUUGAGAAAUGAAAUCGACAUGGCGAUGUUUACAACUUUAAAGGAUGAGGACCUCUUCAGCAUCGGCGUCACUUCGUUCGGGGCUCGCAAAAUAUUGCUCAAUGCCAUUCAGGAGUUGCGCAUGUAAUCUGAAUCGUUCGCUUGCUAAAACCAGGAUUUUAGCUGAAAUAUCUUUUUUUUUAAUUAUUAUUUUAACUCAGGAGCACACACAUAAUCCCAUUUCAUUAAUUCAAUCUUCUUCUCCUCCCUUACUCUGACCCAGGACUUUCAUUCGACUCUUCCUGUCGGACUCCUUUUGCUCGUUUCUCACUUUUGCUCGUCCUGUAUUGAUUUCUUAACAUUUGAACUGCUGAACAU